GUCUGGACCCUAUAAUUAUGUUAUGAGUAAUUUACAUACAAUUUUAUUUUCAGUGCCGCGUUAUCACCAAUGAACCAACUUCUAUGCACUUUAAGAUUUUAUGCCACUGGAAGCCAACUUUUGACGUGCGGAGAUUUCAUAGGGGUACACGAAUCAACCGCAUGUAGAACUAUUCAUAAAGUAACAGAUGCCAUAGCCCGUUUGUACCCAGAAUACAUAGUUAUGCCUAGCACAGAAGAAGAGCUAAAACAAACCGCAAUGAAAUUUUAUCAAAUUGCUCGAUUUCCACGUGCUAUUGGAGCCGUAGACUGUACUCAUGUACGGAUGAAGUCUCCAGGAGGAGAGAAUGCAGAGAUUUAUAGAAACAGAAAGGGAUACUUUUCAAUCAACACCCAAGCUAUCUGUUCUGCUGAUCUACUAUUUACUGAUGUUGUUGCACGUUGGCAUGGGUCUGCCCAUGAUUCGCAUAUUUGGGACAAUAGUAAUCAACGCAGACAUUUUCUUCAUAGGAAAUAUGGAAAUUACUGUCUACUUGGUGAUUCAGGAUACGCACAAACUGCAUUUAUGAUGACACCUCUAGGAAAUGUGACCUCUCCUAUGCAAUCUUUGUACAACGAGUCACAGAUCAGAACUAGGAAUGUUAUUGAACGCACCUUUGGUAUUUGGAAGAGAAGAUUUCCUAUUGUUAGCAGAGGUAUUCAAGUCAAUUUAAGCAGGAUACCCGGUAUAAUCGUCGCUACAUGCGUGUUGCAUAAUAUUGCUCGUCUGCAAAAUGACCUAGAACCACCUGUUGACCCAGAUUAUCCUCCUAUAUUGGACAAAACAGCCGAUGAGAUUGGAGUGUUACCUAACAAUAGAUCAGGUCCAAAUACGGCAGGACAUAAUGCUCGUCAAGUGCUGAUUGAGCAACACUUUGGGAGAUUAGGUUAAUUAAGUUAAGGUUAU